GGAGGCCAGAGAGAGCAAGACGUCUGGCUUUCGAGCUGCUGUCUGCUGUAGUAGCGACGGAGGAGCGAAUUUAAAAUGGGUGAUGUUGAGAAAGGCAAGAAGAUUUUUGUUCAGAAGUGUGCCCAGUGCCACACCGUUGAAAAGGGAGGCAAGCACAAGACUGGGCCUAAUCUCCAUGGUCUGUUUGGUCGGAAGACAGGUCAAGCAGCUGGAUUCACUUACAGAGAUGCCAAUAAGAACAAAGGAAUCACCUGGGGAGAGGAUACACUGAUGGAGUACUUGGAGAAUCCCAAAAAGUACAUCCCAGGAACAAAAAUGAUCUUCGCUGGCAUUAAGAAGAUGGGAGAAAGGGCAGACUUGAUAGCUUACCUCAAAAAAGCUACAAAUGAGUAAUAGCCACUGCCUUAUUUAUUUAUUGCAAAACAAAUGUCUCAUGGCUUUUUAAUGUGUACCAUAAUUCAAUUGAUCUCUUAUACCAGAUUUCAUAUCAUGAAUGGCUGGCAGAAUAUUUUUGGGCAGUCCUGAUUUAAGUAAAACUGGCUU